AUGGGCGCACUGCUGGGGCUCCUGGCGCUGCUGCUGUGGGGCGCCGGGGCCGAGGGCCCGGCCAAGAAGGUGCUGACGCUGGAGGGGGACCUGGUGCUGGGCGGGCUGUUCCCGGUGCACCAGAAGGGCGGCCCGGCCGAGGAGUGCGGGCCGGUCAACGAGCACCGCGGCAUCCAGCGCCUGGAGGCCAUGCUCUUCGCGCUGGACCGCAUCAACCGCGACCCGCGCCUGCUGCCCGGCGUGCGGCUGGGCGCGCACAUCCUGGACACCUGCUCCAAGGACACGCACGCCCUGGAGCAGGCGCUGGACUUCGUGCGCGCCUCGCUCAGCCGGGGCGCCGACGGCUCCCGCCACGUCUGCCCCGACGGCUCCUACGCCACCCAGGACGACGCUCCCGCCGCCAUCACGGGGGUCAUCGGCGGCUCCUACAGUGACGUCUCCAUCCAGGUGGCCAACCUCCUGCGGCUGUUCCAGAUCCCGCAGAUCAGCUACGCGUCCACCAGCGCCAAGCUGAGCGACAAGUCCCGCUACGACUACUUCGCCCGCACGGUGCCCCCCGACUUCUUCCAGGCCAAGGCCAUGGCCGAGAUCCUGCGCUUCUUCAACUGGACCUACGUGUCCACCGUGGCCUCCGAGGGCGACUACGGCGAGACGGGCAUCGAGGCCUUCGAGCUGGAGGCCCGCGCCCGCAACAUCUGCGUGGCCACGGCCGAGAAGGUGGGCCGCGCCAUGAGCCGCGCCGCCUUCGAGGGCGUGGUGCGCGCGCUGCUGCGCAAGCCGGGCGCCCGCGUGGCCGUGCUGUUCGCCCGCUCCGAGGACGCCCGCGAGCUGCUGGCCGCCGCCCGGCGCCUCAACGCCAGCCUCACCUGGGUGGCCAGCGACGGCUGGGGCGCGCUGGAGAGCGUGGUGGCCGGCAGCGAGGCCGCGGCCGAGGGCGCCAUCACCGUGGAGCUGGCCUCCUACCCCAUCGGCGACUUCGCCGCCUACUUCCGCGGCCUGCACCCCGGGAACAACAGCCGGAACCCCUGGUUCCGCGAGUUCUGGGAGCAGCGCUUCGGCUGCAGCCUCCGGCGGCGCGGCUGCGAGGCCCACUCGCUGCGGGCCGUGCCCUUCGAGCAGGAGCCCAAGGUCGUGUUCGUGGUGAACGCCGUGUACGCCAUGGCCCAUGCGCUGCACGGCAUGCACCGCGCCCUCUGCCCCAACACCACCCGCCUCUGCGCCGCCAUGCGGCCCGUCCGCGGCCAGCGCCUCUACAAGGACUUCGUGCUCAACGUCAAGUUCGACGCCCCCUUCCGCCCGGCCGACACGCACAGCGAAGUCCGCUUCGACCGCUUCGGCGACGGCGUCGGCCGCUACAACAUCUUCGCGUUCCUGCGGGCGGGCGGCGGGCGCUACCGCUACCGCAAGGUGGGCUACUGGGCGGAGGGCCUGACGCUGGACGCCAGCCUCAUCCCCUGGGCCGCGCCCUCCGCCGGCGCCGGCGGCGCCCCGCCCGCCUCCCGCUGCAGCGAGCCGUGCGGGCGGCACGAGGUGAAGAGCAUGCAGCCCGGCGAGGUGUGCUGCUGGCUCUGCAUCCCCUGCCAGCCCUACGAGUACCGGCGGGACGAGUUCACCUGCGCCGACUGCGGCCUGGGCUACUGGCCCAACGCCAGCCUCACCGGCUGCCUGGAGCUGCCGCAGGAGUACAUCCGCUGGGGCGACGCCUGGGCCGUGGGGCCCGCGGCCCUCGCCUGCCUGGGCGCGCUGGCCACGCUCUUCGUGCUCGGCGUGUUCGUACGGCACAACGCCACGCCCGUGGUCAAGGCCUCGGGCCGCGAGCUCUGCUACAUCCUGCUGGGCGGCGUCCUGCUCUGCUACGGCAUGACCUUCGCCUUCCUGGCCAAGCCCUCGGCCGCCGUGUGCGCCCUGCGGCGCCUCGGCCUGGGCACCGCCUUCUCCGUCUGCUACUCCGCGCUGCUCACCAAGACCAACCGCAUCGCCCGCAUCUUCGGCGGCGCCCGCGAGGGCGCCCGGCGCCCGCGCUUCAUCAGCCCCGCCUCGCAGGUGGCCAUCUGCCUGGCGCUCAUCGCCGGCCAGCUGCUCAUCGUCACGGCCUGGCUGCUGGUGGAGGCGCCGGGCACGGGCAAGGAGACGGCGCCCGAGCGGCGGGACGUGGUGACGCUGCGCUGCAACCACCGGGACGCCAGCAUGCUGGGCUCGCUGGCCUACAACGUGCUGCUCAUCGCGCUCUGCACGCUGUACGCCUUCAAGACCCGCAAGUGCCCCGAGAACUUCAACGAGGCCAAGUUCAUCGGCUUCACCAUGUACACCACCUGCAUCAUCUGGCUGGCCUUCCUGCCCAUCUUCUACGUCACCGCCAGCGACUACCGGGUGCAGACCACCACCAUGUGUGUGUCCGUGAGCCUCAGCGGCUCCGUGGUGCUCGGCUGCCUGUUCGCGCCCAAGCUGCACAUCAUCCUCUUCCAGCCGCAGAAGAACGUGGUCAGCCACCGCGCGCCCACCAGCCGCUUCGGGAGCACCGCUGCCCGGGCCGGCCCCGGCCCCGGCCCCGGCCAAGGGCCCGCCUCUCCGAGUGUCCCCACCGUCUGCAACGGCCGCGAGGUGGUGGACUCCACGACGUCGUCGCUCUGA